UGGCUGCGGGCGGCGGGCGGCUCGCGGCCUGCUGGGCCCAGUCCCAGCUCCCGCUGAGCCCCGCCCCUUCGCCCAGCGGUCCGCAGCCUCCAGGCCCGCCUGGGCCGCCGGCCCGGAACCACCCGGUGAGGGAUGGUGAGGUAGGAACAGCGUUCCUUUAUCCCUUCUCUGGGACGAGCCACCUCCAGAAGACAUGGAGAACACCCUCACUGGGAGCCAGAGCUCCCAUGCUUCCCUGCGUGAUGUCCAUUCCAUCAACCCUGCACAGCUCAUGGCCAGGAUCGAGUCCUAUGAAGGCAGGGAGAAGAAAGGCAUAUCUGAUGUCAGAAGGACUUUCUGUUUGUUCGUCACCUUUGACCUCUUAUUUGUUACCUUACUGUGGAUAAUAGAACUAAAUGUGAAUGGAGGCAUCGAGAGCACCUUAGAGAGGGAGGUGGUGCAGUAUGACUACUACUCUUCUUAUUUCGAUAUUUUUCUUUUGGCAGUUUUUCGAUUUAAAGUGUUGAUACUUGCAUAUGCCGUAUGUAAACUGCGCCAUUGGUGGGCUAUAGCAUUGACGACAGCAGUGACCAGUGCCUUUUUAUUAGCAAAAGUGAUCCUCUCAAAGCUUUUCUCUCAAGGGGCGUUUGGCUAUGUGCUGCCCAUCAUUUCAUUCAUCCUUGCCUGGAUUGAGACAUGGUUCCUGGAUUUCAAAGUGUUACCUCAAGAAGCAGAAGAAGAAAACAGGCUCCUGAUAGUUCAGGAUGCUUCAGAGAGAGCAGCCCUCAUCCCUGCUGGGCUUUCUGAUGGUCAGUUUUAUUCGCCUCCUGAAUCUGAAGCAGGAUCUGAAGAAGCAGCUGAGGAAAAACAGGACAGUGAGAAACCCCUUUUGGAAUUAUGAGUCCUGCUUUACAAAUGUGAAGAACCCGUCCUGAAGGUCAUCUGAAGACACACGAUGGAGUAAGUCUCCCAUGCACGGUUGAUGUGGUGACCUCUACGGCUGGCCUGGAACAGAUAAUGAAGGAUUGUGUGUGUGUGUGGUGAUACCUCAUAGCUAUCAUCCCUCAUCCACUCAUUUGGUCCCCACCUGUGGCCAUCAGGACUUCUCAUGGGCCUUUCUCUGUUCAUUGGGACUCAGGCUGACUUGUUUGUGAAUAGUUGAAGGCAGAGGCUCAUGCUGUAUCUGGAUCAAAGGAUUUCUUAAUAUAUUGAAUUUGUAGUAUGUGAAUACCUUCUUAUUUUAAUUCAUAUUUGUUUCAUGUCUCAGAUUUCUUUUGUAUUUCUUUUUAACACCCUACAUUUUCCUUAAUUUUUUUAACUCAUGCACAUCUGAUGUUUGUACAAGUAAAAAGUAAUAAACAUGUCAAAAUGA